UAAUGUAACGAACGUCAGGAGAAUAAGUAACUUUGUGUUUAUAUUCUGUGAAGUUCGUAAUAGCUAGGUACUAAGGCCAUUUUGUGUUGUUAGGUACCUAAAGCCAGUUGCUAAAUUGCGAUACUACUAGUACUUUGAACGUCGAACAGCAGACGGACAUUGCAGCUUGACGAAUUGUUGGUUGUCUGCUCAUCAGGACCAGGGGUUCCCAAAAGUGGGCGGGUCCUGUUCACCUACAUUUUUGGCUGCUGUGGUAGGAAUAUUUCUGCUAUGUAAUUGCUUGGUAAGCUGACAUCAUUAACUGUGCAUUGGUGAUUUGCUUCCAAUAUGCAUCCUGAUUUGUCUCCACAUCUACAUACAGAUGAAUGCAAUAAACUCAUAGAACAAUAUCGGGCUUGCCACAAAGAGAACAAGUUCUUGAAAUUUGUAGGUGUUUGCAAUGAUUUAGACCGUGCUGUCUGGAAGUGUCUGAAAGCUGAGCGUCUUGAACGGAGAGCAAAAAACAGAUUAGAGGGAAUAGAAAGAAGAAAAGUAAUUCAUGCCAGAAUUAGAGCAGGUGAAACUUGGGAUAGAGAUUAAAUCAAAAACCUUUUGUUUCACUUGAAAAUUGGUAGUAAU